UGUUACUAAUAUCAUUGUUAUUAAUGCUAGUUAGUUAUAAUUAUUCAGCAAUUCGGAAUAGCACUAUCCUCUAGUACCAUACCACCUAUACGAAACUGCGGUUAGUUUCUAAAUGUCUCAAUUAGACGGCUAUUCUUUCUCCCCUUUCUUCUACACAAUUCGAAAUGCAAGAUUGGACAUGAUAGAUGAGGGUCCCCCAUUAUUCGUGGCUCCAGGCCCAUGGUAACAUAAGGUACAUAUAUAAAAUAACUUCCUUCUAAAAUAACAACAACCCAAAUUAUCGAAAAGCCGGUAACAUCCAUACUAUCUUACUUUCCUUUCGGCCCUCAUUGAACCGAGUUUGUAACACUCCUUUAUCAUCUCCGCAAAACACGCCAAGAUUAUUUUCGAUCCUCUUUUGGAAUCUGACUGCAUACACUCUAUUACAUCGAAAAUCCUAGCUGAUCCUUCCGAGUCGUAUAUCAUGUCGUCCACAUUUCACAAGCCAGCCCCUAAUGUCCCCUACUGGACGCCGGCCCAAGACCCUCCUGCCGGAUCGGCCCUGGACCCGGCCUCAGCCCCGACCCUGUUUAAGCCGAUAAAGAUCCGGGGCGUGGAAUUGCAAAAUCGAUUCGUUGUCGCCCCAAUGUGUCAAUAUAGUGCUGACGACGGACACGCUUCUGAUUGGCACUUUGCUCAUCUGUCUCAGUUCAUGAUUCAUGGCACUCCCCUGACUAUCAUCGAGGCCACCAGUGUUACCUUUAACGGCCGUAUCAGCCCCGACGAUCUCGGUCUUUGGAAAGACAGCCAGAUCGCCGGUCUAAAGCGUAUCGCGGACUUUGCUCACUCCCAGGGUCAGAAGCUUGGUAUCCAGCUCGCCCACGCUGGCCGCAAGGCCAGCACCCUAGCUCCUUGGCUUGUCACCGAUGGUUCUGUAGGCGCCCUCGCCUCCCCUGAAGAGGGCGGGUGGGGUGACAACAUAUGGGGGCCCAGCCCCAUCAAGUACACCAACAACUUUCCGGACCCCAAGGCCAUGACUAUCGAGGACAUCAAGACCCUUGUGCAAGCCUUCAAGGACGCGGCCAGAAGAUCCGUCGAGGCCGGUAUCGACGUCAUCGAGAUUCAUGCCGCCCAUGGGUAUCUCAUAACAGAGUUUCUCUCGCCGCUCACCAACAAGCGGACGGAUAACUAUGGCGGCAGCUUUGAAAACCGCACUCGCCUACUCUUCGAGAUUAUCGAGGCCAUUCGUAGCGUUAUCCCCGAGACCAUGCCCUUGUUCGUGCGCAUUUCAGCAACCGAGUGGAUGGAGUGGUCUGACGAGCCCAGCUGGAACCUUGAGCAAAGCGUUCGCCUCGCUAAGCUCCUCCCUGCUGUCGGUGUCGACCUACUCGACGUUAGCUCGGGAGGUAACAGCGAUAUGUCGAAGGUCAACAUACACCCGUACUACCAGAUCGACCUUGCGGGCAAGAUUCGCGAGGCCAUCAAGAAGGAAAAUCUAAAUCUCCUUAUCGGUGCUGUCGGACUAAUCACAACCGCCGAAAUGGCGCGCUCAAUUGUACAGGAGGGCAAGUCGUUGACUCAGGGUGCUACAGCGCACGACAGCGCCGAGGUCGGCGAGGAGGCAGGACAGAUUACGCAGGCGGAUAUUGUGCUAGUCGCCCGGCAAUACCUACGCGAGCCAGAGUUCACUCUACGUGUCGCACAUGAGUUGGGUGUGGAGGUGAAAUGGCCUAUCCAGUACUCUAGGGCACAAUGGCAAAAGGGCCAGAAGAUCUAGACGAAGAGGCAAUGGGUUAUGAUAUAUUACUGCUUAUGAACGACAGCACGGCGCAUCAUAUAGAUUGAGCAUAGUAAGACGUAUCCACCG